AUGCAGACCGCCAUUGGCUGCGCGAGCCUGGCAGCCGUUGCGCUCCUCGCACGCCAGUGUUUGCGCGCUAGAAGUAGAUCUGGCCAGUCGCAACAUCUGUAUCAAGAUGAAGACGGAACAGCGACGCAAGACUCUGCAGACAAUGUGCUCAGACUUGCUUCAGCCAAGUACUUCAUGAAUGUCGCCGCUGCAGCUGGAAUCGCUACAUCACUCUUAGAUGUCAGCUCUUCUGUCCUCAUGAAACAAAGGAGGUUGCCAGCCGCGGCCGCUUUACGCAUCGGCCUAUGGCUUCUCGUUUCCGUUCAGGCGCUCACGAUUGCAAAUGAGAGUGGUGUACGCGAGCGCUACAAACAAGGUAUCUACGCAGCAGCGUCAGCCGCAAUGCUCGCGCUUUACAUUACCCAACAAGAUGUCAUGACGGAACGCCUGAUCGCCAUCACUUCGACAGAGAGAGCUUGCGCAUUAUCAAUUGCCAUCGCUUGCUUGACCUUGCCUCGACGCCCCGCAGUGUACGAGGACGGCCGCCUAGUCGACCAACAGAAUGGUGCCUCCGUCAUCUCUCUGCUUUCAUUCUCUUGGUAUCCAUUUUACCAGCCCAGCUUUUAUAGUUUCGACAGUUUGAGACUACUCAACGUGCCAAUUACGCCUCUUGCACAGAGAAUCCGAACUGUGCGACGAGAUUUUAUACAAUGCGCCUCUGGUGACAUGCUUUUGUCGCAACUGGCCUGGGCAUGGAGAUCUUCUUUCUCUAUGCAGUGGACUCUCACACUGCUACACAGUAUGUCUCAGUUCUCUGGCCAAUAUCUGCUUCAGCGACUACUUGGCUGCCUGGAGCAGCCUCAUUCUCAGCAGCAGCAUGCCAUGGGAUAUGCUUUGUGCCUGGGCUUGGCUCUAUUGUCUGAAAACAUGUCUGCAGGCUGGAUCACCUGGGUCACCCAAGCAAAGCUUUCCAUUCCGAUGACUGCUUUGCUUAAGGGUCUCUUGUUUGAAGAGAUGACUAAAAAGCAAAGCUCACAGCGGACUAAACCAAAGACUGGAAAAGGCGAGAAUGUGCUCUCUUUGGAAAGUCUUAUGUCAUACGAUUGCGCGUCGGUAUCCCAGGCGUGCGUCUCGACCCAGCACUGUCUCAAGGCUGCCUUUAAACUACUUUUUGACGUGACCUAUCUCAUACAUCUCAUCGGUCCCAAGCACAUCGCCAUUGGCAGCUUAUUUCCUCUCAUAUUAUUUCCCAUCUCAAAGAUGCUUGCCCAUCGGCAUAGACUUGCCAAGGCAGACCUUUCAAGUUUGCACACUGCAUUUUCUACUGAAGUCAGCGCGUCAUCAGAUCCAGAGCCCGUGAACUGGGACAAAUCUGGCACUGCGGGAUAA